AUGAUGCGCCGUCUUGCUCUUCAGCCUGUGGCCCGUCGUGUGGCUGCCGCUUCACCCUCCGCAUUGGUUGUGCGCCGGGCAUCCACCGUAGCCAUCUCUGUGCAGGGCCUGCACUACGUCGGCACCGGGCUCGCGGCUAUUGCGCUGGCCGGCGUUGGCCUCGGCAUUGGCACCAUCUUCGGCAACCUGCUGGUCGCCUGCGCGCGGCAGCCAAACCUGACGAAGAUGCUGUUCAACUACGCCAUUCUUGGUUUCGCCCUGACGGAGGCUAUCGGCCUGUUUGCGCUGAUGCUUGCCUUCCUGAUGCUCUUCUCGUAG